AUGAUUUCAAACGUCAUUGAAUCAACAUCAUCAGAAGGAUAUAAAUGGUGUUUGGGGGCGAUUCGACAGUCAGUGUAUGCCCCUUUGGCAAUGGAGAUUGAAAUGAACAAAAUGAUUGCAUUGCUUAAACAAGGUGACCUGACAAAUGCAACGGAAGUCUUAAUAUCAUUCAACAAUAAAGAAGGCAAAGUGGCUGGCGUAGCUGCCAAUAAUCUUGCCGUACUUGAUCUUUUGAAGCAGGAAUCUUCUACAAAAUUAGAAAAUGCCAUACAGUAUUCUGAACAAGCUCUUUCUAUCGAUCGGUACAACGCUAAUGCAUUGGUUAAUCGUGGUAAUAUAUUCUUUGUCCUCGGAGACAUGGAUAAAGCUGUGCACUACUACAGAGAGGCGCUAAGUAACGAAGCUUCCUGUUUGCAAGCGUUAUAUAAUUUGGGCUAUGUCCAACGAUUGCAAGGGAAACUGGAAGCUGCGCUAGAAUGUUUUUACAAAUUGCAUAAUAUUUUGCUGAAUAACGUUGAAGUAGUUUGCCAACUUGCUGCAAUAUAUGAGUCUUUGGAAGAUACAGCUCAAGCGAUUGAAUUGUACAGUCAAGCAAAUAAUUUGGCUCCAACAGACCCAGCUAUAUUAUCCAAACUGGCCAAUAUUUAUGAUGCCGAAGGAGACAAAAGCCAGGCUUCCCAAUAUUACCAUGACAGUUACCGGUAUUUCCCAUCAAAUAUUUCAACAAUUGAGUGGCUAGGAGCAUAUUAUAUUGAUGCUCAAUUUCCCGAAAAAGCUGCGAAUUACUUUGAAAAAGCUUCAAUAAUGGAGCCGCAUGAAAUUAAAUGGCGCUUAAUGAUGGCUUCAUGCUUACGACGGUCUGGAAUGUAUCAAAAGGCAUUCGAAUCAUACCGAGAAAUACACAAACGAUUUCCUGAUAAUACAGAAUGCUUGUUUCAAUUUUUAUCGAAAGCAGAAAAAGUACGCCAACUGAGAAUACAACGUGAAGUAGAUUCCAGUCAGGGUAAACGGUCUGCAACAGCAAGCCAAUCAGGAAAUAAUUUCCCAUCAAUCACUUCACGUACUCUGAUUAAAUAUGUGAGCAUAAGUCUGUUACUGAUACCUGGUAAUCUCAUCCACUUUUAUGCCAACACGCGAAUAAUUCUCAACGUGCUUUUAGGUGACGGACAAUCUUCAUCCUCCCGAACUACUUCAUCCGCCCAAUUAAUAUUUGAUGAGAAUGAACAAUUCCACGUUUCACAUCGAGAAAUGAGCGAUGUGGUUCUAACCUAUACCGAUCCUCUUGGACCGCCGACAUCUCGACCUCGGACGGGCAUGCAUCAAGCAGAAAACGAAAUUACCGACACCUUCGAAGACGAACAAUUCGACGAGUCUCUGCUUCCUGAGUAG